AUGUUGAUCUACACAAGGCGAGCGGCUCCGAAAGAGCCCAAGAGGAGGUCAAGAGCUGGUAAGAGACGGAUUGCCCCUCCCCUCGGAAUUAUGCUAAUAGCGAUGGUUUUGGAGGAUGUAUCUCAUGCUACGCAGAAGAAGAAGUGUAACGAAAACCGACCGGAAUGCGAUCGAUGCAUCGAGCAUGGCCUACAGUGCGAAUAUGAGCCGGUGAAGCCGCGAAAGCGAAGACGGCCCUCGGUGGCACACUCAGCAGUCUCGCACACGCCGCGAUCCCCCAGUUUCCCCAGUGACCUCUGGUCUAACCCAUACGAUGACGCCGAGGCAUACGAUCCGCCAAGUAACGACGACGAGGAAACCGUACAUAACUGGGAUACGAGUUCGCUGUUUCGGUAUGCUGAAUCGGAGGCUUCGGCAUUUGACUGGGCAGUUUCACCGGGCAAUGAAGAAGCAGAAGAGAUUGUUCGGACAGAGCCGCCGGAGAACGUUACAACAUCGUGGCCUCUCGUACGCUCACGAAGCCAAUAUCCAGAUCUUGCGAUGAUUGCUCCUUCGCCUGUCGUGUCGCCCCUCCUUGAGUUCAGCGCUCCGCUAUACGCGGAGUUUGCGGAGCAGAGAAAUCGUCGCUCCUUGGUUGACCACUUCUGCAAUGUAUUGUCGCAUUUGAUUGUUUUUAAAGAAGAUACUGGGAAUCCCUUCCGCCAAUUGGUACUGCCAUUGUCGCAUGCCUGCUCGCCAGUUAUGAAUGCGAUAUUUGCGCUGUCCAGUGCGCAUCUUGAGUACGGAGGGAUUGAGACCGAGGAGAAGUCCUUAACAUUUCAUAACCGCGCUUUGCAGGGGCUGGCUCAACUCAUUGAUAAGAAUGACCAAUCUCACCGAGAAGAAGUCCUGGGGGCCAUCAUGCUGCUGGUGUAUUACGAAGUUCUGGUUCAAAGAGGCACGUCAAAUAUUGUUACUGGUCAUUUGAAAGGGGCCAUGACAAUCAUGAAGUCAGGUCCUCGGAUUCGUAGUCCGACAAGUAUGUUUUUGGAACAUGCUUUUCGAUUCUACGAUGUGAUUGCAGCACUCUCACUUGGCACAUGCCCCAAUACUACCAUCCAACCCACGGCCCCUCCAUUCGCAUUUACAACCUUGCACAACCAAAAUAUGGCUGGUUCGCCGUUGAGCUCUGUGGACACCCUCCUUGGUUUUUCUACAGAACUCUGGCCCAUUAUUCAUCGUCUAUCCCACCUCCUAUCUUUUAAAAAGUCUCUCGAAGCGGCCCAAGAUGCUGGCGAAACUACGAAAGCCUCAGUCUUACGAGCCGAGUUUGAAAAUACUUCUCAAGCCAUCGAACUGGCACUUGCAGGCUGGAGGCCCUCUAUAGCCACAGGGAUUAAUUUCCCCAACGAUGACGAUGAGCUCCCAACUCAAGAACCUGACGUCGAUCUCUCCGUUGAUCCUCGGAUCCAAAGCAUCAUAAAUAAUGCCGAAGCAUACCGCCACUCGGCCUUUGUCUACCUCUAUCGAACGAUUCACUCCCGUCCUCGAAACCACAUAUCAGUACAAAAGCACGCCCACCUCUCUCUCCUUGCCUGCUCCGAAGUCGUGAAGUAUGCCAACCAAUGUAACGAUGGGCCGAUGUCAGCUCUUCUCUGGCCGCUUUUCGUGGCUGCUUGUGAAGCUAUCACCGAUGACGAUAGAGAGUUAGCUCUGAAGGCAUUCUGUGGCACCGAGCACAGGCAGAAGAUGAACAAUAUCAGGAGGGCAUGGGAGGUCGUGCAGGAAGUGUGGAGGAGAACUGAUUUAGUCGAUUACGAUGUUGAUUGGAGAGAUAUCUCUGCAGAACAUGGAUUCAGUAUUAUCUUUGGCUAA